GAAGCUCAGUUAUAAAAACUAAACCCUACCAUCGCAGAGUUUACAGAAGUCAGAUCGAGGGACGAAGCUCUCUGCGCAUUUUCUCGUAAAUCCUUCYCUUACCUUGUUCAGGUUUUAACAUGAGGAGAUACAGUCCACCUUAUCACAGUCCUCCAAGAAGAGGAUAUGGUGGUCGAGGAAGAAGCCCCCCGGGAAGGGGUUAUGGUGGUGGUGGUGGUGGUGGUGGUGGGUAUGGAAGACGAAGGGAACAGUCUCAUGGUAGCCUUUUGGUUAGAAAUAUUCCUAUGGAUUGCAGGCCAGAGGAGCUUAGAGCACCCUUUGAGAGGUUUGGACUUGUUCGUGACGUGUAUAUCCCGAAGGAUUAUUACUCAGGUGAACCUAGAGGAUUUGCAUUUGUGGAGUUUGUUGAUCCUUACGAGGCUUCUGAAGCUCAGUAUCAUAUGAAUGGGAAAAAGUUUGCUGGGAGGGAGAUUACUGUGGUCCUUGCUGCAGAGUCAAGGAAGAGGCCAGAACAGAUGCGUCAAAGGAGUAGAAGGGGACCAUCUGGCUAUGGUGGACGGCGUUCUUAUUAUGGGCGUUCUAGAUCACGUUCAGUAUCCCGAUCACGCUCCCCCCAUCAUCCUUCAGGUUCAAGGAGUAGAUAUCGAUCAAGGUCCUACUCUCCUGCUCCGAGAUGGCGAGGUGACUAUUCUGUUUCCCCUAGUAGAAGACACGCAGACUACCCCAGAUCACCAAGAGGUGCGCCUCAUGAGCGAGAUGGUGAAAGGAGUCAGCAGGCCUAUUCUCCAGGUUAUGAUAAUGCUGAUGGCCAUGAUCACGAUGGAAACGGAUAUCACGACAAGUCUGCAUUUGAAGGAGGGGAUGUACGAGCUAAUUGGAGGUCUUCCCCAGGCAGGAGGUCUUCUCCUGGUAGAAUAUCGAGAUCCCCAUCUGGGUCUCGGUCCCGCUCUGCUGAUGCGUCACCAAGACAUGGUAGAUGAUUUUUCUUUGAGAAAACAUGGUAGAUGAUGUAAACCUUGGUUUCUAAUAUUCAACAUUUGCUACUUUUAAGUUAGCAUCCACUAUCCUGAAAAUAUUUUAGAUUCUACUUUGUAAGAUGUUCUUAGUGUAAGGAUUUUCAAGACAUAGGCGCCAUCAUUUACUUUUCUCGCAUUUGAAGUUUAAAAUUAUUAUGCUAGAUGAUUCCAAUUAUCUGGAUUGUGCAUGUUCUUCUUGUUCAUCUAUCGAAGACGCUGUUCUUUGUAGAGA